AAUCUCUCUCAAAAUUCCCCGGGACAGUUUUGCAUAAGAUCACGUAACCUCUGCGACUCCGUAUCUGCAAUAAAUAAUAUUUGAACUUUUUUCAAAAACCUCCAAGUUGGAAAAGCUGUCAGAUAUGCAACAAACCUUUUGAGAAAGGCAGCUUACCCCGCUAUUGGCUACGUAGUUUCCUCAGCAUCACCACCAACAGCAGUAACACGACACGACACGACAUUGUCAGUCAUGACCUACAAACCAGCACCAAAAAACUAUACAAAGGCAGAUGAGAGAAAGGAAAAUUAAGGAAAUGGAAGGCCCUGCCGAUACUCCCGUUGUCGAGCGCGACUAUAAGAGUUCAAUGCCAUUAUCAGGACAGAAUGCCCCUCAGAACCAUCCCCGCGACAGCAUGUCUCCCUCAUAUACCAAAUGCGUCGAAAACAAUAAUUCCAAUUCUGAUGGUAGUAAAAAAGUCAAACUACAACUCCCCUUGAGCUGUGACCCUCCGCUACCAAAUAAACCACCGAAGUCAAAGGUUUGGGUGGUGAGUGUACUUAACUGCACAUUGGCAGAUAGAUUAUCCAUUGAUCAUCAUCUCGCAGCUUCUAAUUUACUGACUGAGUCUUAGGUAUUUGGCGCCACCGGACAUAUGGGUCAGAGUCUCACGCGAACAUGUCUUGAGAAAGACGACAAGGUCGUUGCCGUGGGUCGCAUCAAUGAAAAUACACUUGAUUUGAUGCAGACCACAUUCCCGCAAUCAAAUUGCUUUAAUACCCUCUGCGAUGUGCGCGUACGAGAAUCUGUUUCCGCCGUGAUAUCCCAAGCUCUUAAAAAGUUUAAACGCAUCGACGUUAUAGCCAAUUGCUCAGGAUACGGCGUUAUCGGCGCAUGCGAAGAUCAGGACGAGCACGAGAUACGCAAUCAAUUUGAGACGAACUUCAUGGGCACAGUACAUAUAAUCCAAUUGAGUUUGCCAUACUUUCGCGAGCAGAAAGCGGGGAGAUACUUAAUUUUCAGUAGUACUUCGGGCGCAUUGGGUGUUCCGGGAUUGGGACCAUAUUGCGCGACGAAAUACGCGGUGGAAGGAAUGAUCGAAGCGAUGCUUUAUGAAAUUGACGCUUUUAAUAUAAAAGCUACAUUGGUAGAGCCAGGCUUGGUUAGGAGAGAUGAAAAGGAAUCGGGUUCGAGCCCGCUUCCUACUUGGGGACAUUUUCUGAUCAAGCCUCCAAGUGAACCAUAUUCUGAUCCAUCUUCACCAGCACUGCAUGCGAAGAGGAUGGUUCAAUGGUUAGGAGAUAAACAGCCUACGAGCGCCAAAAAAUGCGCCCAGUUGGUUUGGCAGUUAGGCCAUUGUUCUUACCCUCCUCUACGAUUACUAUUGGGGAGUUAUGCUAUAGAGAGUAUUAGAGAUCGUCUGCGGUCAGUUAUAGAGGAAUUGGAGGAUUGGAAGCAUUUACAUCAUCCUGUAGCGCCCGAUGAUCUUGAUAAUGAAGAGGAUUGGGACGAUGCUCGGGAUGCGGAUGUGCCUGCGAGAACAAAGAAGGAGGAUCGAGCUAUCGUGCGGGCUGCAACAAAUCCAUCCAAAGGGGAGUCAGAUGCAGAGAGCAGUUCAUGACAAAGUUAAAUACUCUAUCAAUAAGUUUAAUAAUAAUGACAAUACAAUAAUUCUUGCUUCUGA